GAAACGUCACGCGAGAGAACGUCAAACACACCGACCGUCUCUUUCUUUUUCCGGCAAACUCUGCGUGCUGUCGACACAUUUUUGUGGUAGCAGCUCCAAGUUUUUGGAUUACCGUACACAAUGGUUAGCCUUAAGGUACGCAGGAAGACCAGGAAGCUGCGUGGUCACGUCAGCCACGGCCAUGGCCGUAUUGGCAAGCACCGUAAGCAUCCUGGUGGUCGCGGUAACGCUGGUGGUAUGCACCAUCAUCGUAUCAACUACGACAAAUACCAUCCGGGAUACUUUGGUAAGGUCGGUAUGCGAAACUUCCAUCUGAACCGUAACCACAAGUACUGCCCAACGAUUAACCUCUCGCAUCUGUGGAGCCUGGUGCCAGAAAAGAUCCGCGAGCAGGCUAAGAAGAACCCCGAGCGAGUGCCAGUCGUCGAUCUGGUCCAGUUCGGUUACUUCAAGCUGCUCGGUUCCGGUUUGCCACCCAAGAGGCCCAUCAUUGUGAAGGCGAAAUACUUCUCCAAGUUGGCCGAGAAGCGCAUCAAGGCCGUCGGUGGUGCUUGCUUGCUGCGGGCUUAGAGUAUUGGCUUUAAGGAUCAAUCACACUCAUACGGGCGUGCGCGCGCACACACACAUGCUUGGCGCUCAUGGAAGGAUCCCGUGAAUGCCGGACUAUCCAGAACAGCCACACCAACUCCAUCUCGUGUGGUCCUUCCGGUGGGCGGGGGCAGGUGUUAUGUUUUGUUUUGGUACAACGUUUCGUGUGUAUUCUUGUGUGGGAGUGUGAUGUGCGUUCGUACACACACAGGAGCGGGAAAAUAUAAGGAAGAACGGAAAAUACAAGAAACCAAUAUCUACACCUAA